CGUACUCAGUACCCUGACGCGCCCAAGAAGGCCUCUGAUCUCUGACUUUUCGGACCUCUAGUACAACUACGAAUCCCUCACGUUUCUAAUCAGACACUAUCAAAGUCUUCCAAACGCUUCCGAGCUCGAAAAGCAGGUCAGACAUCAGAAAGAUGUGAUUGCAAAGAUGGUGCCUGCUCUGGAGAAAUCCGCUCUCUGGGAAUCGUUCGUUACUUCUCUCUAUACUGCUGUUUAGGUUUGCUGUUUGAUUGUGAUUUUGAACGUUUGUCGGGCUGACUAGGGUACUGUACUGUUACUGUGUAUAGUACGGCGGUGCGUUUAACUGUGGAGAACGAGAACCUACGGCAACGGUUAAACAUAGCAACAGAACCUCCGAAUCGGCAUCAUCCACCUAACGAAGCAUCUCUUCAGUCAUCUCAACUCCAGGCACCAAUGGCUCCUCCUAACAACCACAGUCACCUAUCAAGCAAAGCAGGACAGGGCUUCAACACGCCAGAAAGCUCGCGGAAUGCAGGAAAAGGCAGCAGUUUGAACCUCGAGAGCUUCGCAUACCACGAACGACAGCUACCCACCGUCCUGACGCCCACUUCGGGCGGUGCUCGGGGUCAACGUUCUUCCGCUCCCAGCAUUGGUAGCGGGACCAGGAAUAAUCCAGCAUCAACGUCCGAAGCCAAUGGAAUCGGCAGUAGAUCCAGAAUCUCAACUCCGGCACUGUCCCAUAUCGAAGACAAUACCAUCGACCAUCCAAGCCCGACUCCUUCCCGAGCCAAAUUCGGACGGACAAAUGUUGUCCGCCCGAUCCCUGUAUAUGGAAUAGGAUCUCCGGAGCACAGGCCUGAGAAGGAAGCAAAAGCAAACAGAUCGCCGUACUUCAAGUCGCCUGCCCCUCGUAUAUUCCAGCGAUACGAAUCCUCCCCUGUUGCGCGGUCAGUCCCACAUCCAAGACAUUCGAACGGAAACCCUGUCCGUCAACAUCCAGAAUCACCUGGCUACAACGACGGCUCAUUUUCUUCAAGCUCCCGGACGAGAUUCCCACCUUCCCAUGCCAUGCAAGAUCAAAACUCGCACUUCCACCCCAUUAAACGCCCAGCAACCAGCUCGGGCUAUGGGCCGAAUCCGGCCCAUCGAGGUGCAGGGAUGUACAGAACGCCCAGUGCCGCAAACACCCCAAUCAGUUUAUCGAGACCCGCGAGCCGUGCGCAGUUCGAGGCUGCUCCUGGUAUGAGAACGACGGUCCUCGGAGCUGCAAGAAGUGGUGGUAGCUCAGUGUUGUCGCAGACGAACGGCCACUCCGCCUUGACAAAUAUCAGAAAUGUGCGACGGGUACCGUUCAAUCGCUCCUAAUAUCUCCUGUACUUUUACUUUUGCAGAUUAUCGUUUUCGCUGUCUCAAUCAAUAGCUUACUUUGUGUGC